AUGGGGCGAGGGGCGGCAGCUGGGGCCCUGCUGGUGGCACUGGUGGUGUUGGGAGCCCCCCCGGCUGCGGGCGCGGAGCUCUCGGCGGUGUUCCAGGAGAUAUUUAAGGAGGAGUGUCACUACAUUAACGGCACGGAGGUGAGGGUUCUGGGAAGGUUCCUCUAAAACCGGCAGCAUUUCAUGAAGUUCGAGAGCGACGUGGGGCACUUUGUGGGUGACCCCCCAUAUGGGGAGAAGGUUGCCAAGCUCAUGAACAGCGACUCGGCUAAACUGGAGAUGGCACGGGCUGAGAUGGACAGGUUCUGCCGGCACACUUACGAGGCGCCCAAUCCGUUCAUCACGGAGCGCCGAGUGCCCCCCAGCGUGUCCAUCUCGCUGGUGCCCCCCUCGAGCUCCCAGCCCGGCCCCGGCCGCCUGCUCUGCUCCGUGAUGGAUUUCUACCCUGCUGCCAUCCAGGUGAGGUGGUUCCAGGGCCAGCAGGAGCUCUCGGAGCACGUGGUGGCCACCGACGUGGUUCCCAACGGGGACUGGACCUACCAGCUGCUGGUGCUGCUGGAAACUCCCCCCCGGCGCGGGCUCAGCUACAGCUGCCAGGUGGAACGCGUCAGCCUGGAGCAGCCCCUGAGGCGGCACUGGGAGAUGCCGCCGGACGCCGCCCGCAGCAAGAUAUUGAUGGGGAUUGGGGGCUUCGUCUUCCUGGCGCUGGGGCUCGGCUUCUCCCUGCUCAAGAAGGUCAGGGCGGGUGCCGGGGGUGGCGUCCCUCCCAUGGCGGAGCGUGUGCGCUCCCGCCGGGGCCCCCAGCCCGGUGUCACCCCCUUUUCUCUGCCCACAGAGCUCCUGAGCCGGCGGCGGCCGCAGCCCCUCCCCAUGGGCUCGGGCCCGGCCGGGACCCCCCGCUCCGUCCCCGCUCCGCUGAUUUUGGGGGGGGUCCCGUGUCCCCCCAGCCCCGCUGGCGCUCUGCCCCCGCCCAGUGCCUGCUCCCAGUGCUCCCAGUAA